AGUAAAGGUAGCAGAAAAAUUUUGCCCACUAGCACAAUUUUCCGAACCUAUGGAAAUACAGAAAUACAUCCGCUAGGAGUUAUUUAUGUGAAUGCCAGCUACAACAACAAAUUGGAAACACUUAAACUAUACAUCACAAAAGAGGACUGCAGCUCAAUAGUGGGUAGAGAUUGGAUAAAUGCCCUUAAUAUUCUCCCUGAGUACCACGGAAUAAAAAAUCUUGAAUUCACAAACAACCCAGACUUGAACAAACUAUUGACUGCAUACACGAAUUUAUUCAAAAAGACUGUUGGAGUUGCAAAAGAUUACACUUACAAUAUUGAAUUAAAGGAUGAUGCCCAACCCAUCUUCAAGCGUGCAAGACCAGAUCCCUUUGCUCUUCAGUCGCAGAUUGAAAGUGAAAUACACAGACUUGAGACAGAAGGUAUUAUAAGUAAAAUUCAAUUCUCUGACUGGGCCACCCCGGUGGUUCCAGUUGUGAAGCCCAAUGGAGACAUACGUCUCUGUGCGGAUUAUAAAAUUACAGUGAACCCACAGAUGUUUAUUCCACAACACCCUUUUCCUGGUUAUGAAUGUGUCUUUGCUAAAUUGGCUGGAGGGAAAUUGUUCAUUACAUUGGACAUAAAAACAGCAUUCCUAUACAUCCCAGUUACUGACAGUACUUCACAAAUACUCACCAUAAAUACCCACAAAGGACUGUAUGCAGUAAAUCGAUUGAUGUACGGCAUUAGCUCUGCCCCUGCUGUGUGGCAAUCAUAUAUUGAAGGAGUUAUAGGUCAGAUUUCAGGUGUCUGUGUGGUACAUGAUGAUAUAAUCAUUACAGGCAGCUCAGAUAGGGAACACCUAGAACGUUUAGAAGUAGUUCUAAAGAAACUAGAUGAAAAUGAUAUCAGACUGAAUGAAGGAAAAUGUAAGUUUAUGCAAAGAGAGGUGAAGUACCUUGGAUACAUAAUUGACUGUGAAGGACUUAGGAAGACAUCUGACAAGACAGAUGCUAUUUUGAACUGCAAGACACCGUCAGACAAAAAAUAAUUAAAGGCCUUCUUAGGAAUGGUUUCAUUUUAUUCUCGAUUCGUGGAAAACUUGUCCACAAUUGCUGAGCCAUUGUACAAUUUGUUGAAAAAUGAUACAGUAUUCAAGUGGACUGAGAUUGGAGACAGAAGUAUGAGAAGAGUAAAGGAAGAAAUUGUAUCUGACAGAAUUCUUGUACACUACAAUCCAGAUCUACCUUUGAUACUCUCUGUGGAUGCAUCACCAAUUGGAUUGGGAGCUGUCCUUUCCCAUCAGAUACAAGAUGGAGAAAGACCAAUUGCUUUCACAUCACGCACCCUCAAUAAGAGUGAAAGGAAUUAUUCACAAUUAGACAAGGAGGCCUUGGAAAUCAAAUGGGGAGUGGAAAAGUUCUUCAACUACAUCUAUGGCAGAGAGUUCACCUUGAAUACUGACCAUAGAACUCUCAUACAUAUUUUUGGAAACAAAAAUGGACUACCUGUUCACACGAUUGCUACACGACUUUUACAUUAUGCACUCUACCUCCAAAUGUUUCAGUUUAAUAUCCAAUAUGUGCCAUCAGAACAGCAUGGCAAUGCUAACUUCCUGUCCCGUCUACCAGCAUCUUCACAAGAAUUAUUCCAGGAGGAAGAAAACCACCUUGAUGAAAUAUCAUUAUUCCAACUUGAAAAAAUCAACACCCUACCAAUUACAUGCCAUGACAUUAGGAAAGGAACACGGGAAGACCCAAAUCUACUAGAAAUACUGGAUAAAUUGCAGAAAGGAGUAUCUGUGGGAGCAAAUACUCAUUCUAUGUCACUUCACAAUGGAGUCAUAUUUUGUGGCAGCAGAGUCUACAUUCCAUCAAAAUAUCGGAGGCUCAUUCUCCAAGAACUCCACAGUGGUCAUCUGGGAAUACAGAAAAUGAAAGCCUUGGCUCAUUCACUUGUAUAUUGGCCAAACAUUAAUGAGGACAUUGGAAAUACAUGCAACAACUGUUCCAACUGUAUUAACACACAAAAUAAUCCAGGGAAGGUUCAAACACACUUCUGGGAAUAUCCUUAUCACCCAUGGGAAAGAAUACAUGUGGAUUUUGCAGGACCAUUCAUGGGUCACAUCUUCUUUAUAGUAGUGGAUGCACACUCAAAGUGGAUCGAAGUGGAGAUUGUGAAUAACACUUCAGCUCGUUCUGCUAUCCUGAUCUUGGAAAAACUCUUUUGUAGAUAUGGCUUCCCUUGCACCUUAGUUUCUGACAAUGCCAGUGCAUUCACAUGUGCAGACUUUCAACACUUCAUAGAACUGUAAGGAAUAAAACACAUUA